AUGAUGAUUUCCAUAAUAUUCACAUUCUUUUUGCUACGUCUCAUAUCUGCCGUUCCAUUACCAGCAGUCAUCACAAGAUACCACACUGCUGCUGCAGUCACACAAACCACAACUAGAACCACAGGCACAACUACUGUAUGGUUGCCACCUGUCGGCAUAUAUAUUUUACCUGACGGAAGUUCUUCUACAAGUACAAUCACUGAUACUCAAUGGAAUACUUUCCCAGUUACAUUCACCUCGGUUGUUCAGAAAGAUGUCCCAUUAGCUACACAAGCUGCUGCUAUUACUCCUGCUUUACAGCCAGAGACAACAACAACAACAGAAGGUGUUCCCACUCCUGCUCCUGCCCCACAAUUAGAGACAACAUCGACAACAACAACAGAAGCUGUUCCCACUCCUGCUCCUGCCCCACAAUCAGAGACAACAUCGACAACAACAACAGAUGCUGCUCCCACUACUGCUCCUGCCACCCCUGCCACUUCCACUGCCACUUCCACUUCCACAACCUCUACAACUACAUCCACACAAACAUCGACUCCUUCAAGUACCGGAGACUUGCUUCCACAUCCAUCCACAAUUGUCUAUUCUCCCUAUGCAAAUAGCGGCGGAUGCAAAUCAGCAGACGAUAUCAAUUACGAUUUAGAACUCAUUGCAAGUAAGGGAAUUAAAAAAAUAAGAUCAUACGGUACCGAUUGUGGAUCUUUAACAACGGUAUUAUCCAAAUGCAAACAAUUAGGCAUAACAGUAAACCAAGGGGUUUGGAUGUCAGAAGCCGGAGUUAAUUCAGUUGAUGAUCAAAUUCAACAAAUAAUAAACUACGGUCAGCAAAAUGGCUGGGACAUAUUUGACCUAAUCACUAUUGGAAAUGAAGCAAUAAACUCCAAUUUCGUCACUUUAGAUCAGUUGAUACCAAAACUAAAUUCAGUUAAAUCUCAAUUAAGAUCCUCUGGAUACAAUGGAUACGUCACCACCUCCGAACCACCAGCCACAUUCAUUAAAUACCCCCAGUUAUGUACCGAUUCCGAUAUCGAUAUUGUUGGUAUUAAUCCCCACUCAUACUUCAACACAAAUAUCAGCCCCGAGAAUGCUGGCUCAUACAUUACUUCACAGCAAGCUCAAGUUUUGGCUUUAUGUAAUGGCAAAUCGGUAUGGAUAACCGAAACCGGGUACCCUUCAAAAGGAAAAACACUUGGCUUAAAUGUUCCAAGUCCAGAAAAUCAAAAGAUAGCCGUCUCUUCAAUAAUGGAAGCCACUGGUGGUGACGUGACAAUAUUAACUACUUAUAAUGAUUUCUGGAAAGAUCCCGGUCCAUAUGGCAUUGAACAAUACUUUGGUGUCAUUCAAUUAUUAGCCUAA